AUGAACCCCGCCAAAGUUGUACGGCAAUUACGAGGGGAAGUUAAAAAGAAAGUCACAAAUAAUGGGAUCAUGGACGCUACAAACUUUGAGAAGUAUCUGAAAGAGCGUAUCAAAGUUGACGACAAGACUGGCAACUUUGGAAAUAAUGUCUCCUUGGAAUUGCAGAAAAACAAAAUCAACCUGACUAGUGAGGUUCCCUUCUCAAAGAGGUAUCUCAAGUAUUUGACAAAGAAGUACUUGAAAAAGAACAACCUCCGUGACUGGCUGAGAGUUGUAGCAUCCUCUAAUGAAGCUUUUGAGCUACGCUACUUUCAGAUUAACCAGGACGAGGAAGAGGAGGAGGAAGAUUAA